AUGCUGGCAAAUUACUUAAAAGAGAUCCCAAGAAGAACAAAUUCCCUAGUUCUACAUCCCCAUGUCAAGGCCUUCAUUGGGUACAACUUCAUAGCUUAUGGGUUGUAUAAGCUGACUUCAGGACCAACUAAGAAUAACUUUAGGAAAAGGUUCAUUAUUGAACCAGGAAGCAGCAUGAUUUCUGCAGUCACAGCUCAUCUGUUCCCAACUGAUUUCUUUAACAUGUUGACGACCUCUGCAGUUAUUUAUACAAUCGGUAAUAGGCAUAUCUGGAAAUAUGGAACCAAUCAUUUUUGGAAAUUGGCUAUCCUCGGUGCUGUUGGAGGCACCCUUUUGGCCAAAACUGCAAGUAAUAGUGAAUACAGCGGAGCUUUAGCAAGUGCUUCUGCAUUCGCUUGUUAUAACGCAGUCAGGAACCCAUCCUGGUUCUGGCUGGGAUCCUUCCCUACACUUAUUGCUCUGAUGGCCUACUCAGUGUACUACAAUGAUAAAGCUUUCGGAGGAGGUGCCUUUGCUGGGUAUAUAGCUUUCUUAUUUGCCUUGUAAUCAUUAAAGAUCAAUAAUAAA